AUGACCGAGAUCUCCCCUCGCGAUGACCUCUCCCUUCUGCCGGUGUCGCUUGCAGCAUCACAACCAACCACACCAGGGACUCGGAGCCGCCAGCGGGCGCGGCCAACCACCUCAGGUUCUGUUGCCUGGAGCACGUCAAGACAAACCACGUCGCUUUCUCUGACAAAUCCUUACCGGAAGCAACCCUUCAUACACUACCCGACUUCGCAAGUACAAAGACUUUGGGAUCUUCGGGAAUAG